UGUUUACUUCGUUAUCUUUCUCCAAAUUGCAACCGUUCUUUCGCCUCCACACUGUCUCUCCAAAUGCCGACUCAAAACCCUUCUCUCUCUAAAACCCUAAACCCUUCUCUCUCCCCUUUCCAAUUCCCACCUCUUCUCCACAGAUCCCUAACCCAAAUUCAUAUCUCCUCAAGAAGCUACUCUAAACCCUUCCCCAUUCGCUGUCAAUCUCAAAACCCCACACCUCCAUUUCCCCGCCAAAAUGCUCGAGACUUCCGCUCCUUCGCUGGCCGGAGCAAGAAGGAUCCCGCCGGAGGCAGCCGCUCCUCCGGUCGUCUCGAAGGAAACGCCGAGGUCCGCCGCGAGGCAAAGCGCAACGCCCGUAAACGGAGCCGGCGAAUGGCCGAGAACCUCUUCUACAGGCUGAAAAACCCUAAUAGUAAGAACUACCCAGAUAAUUUCACCGAAGAAGAGCUCCAGACUAUCGGUUUAGGGUACGAUAGAAUGGUCAGGUUCAUGGAGAAAGACGAUCCUAACCUCCGCCACCCACACGACUGGUACAAGUACGGCCAGUUCGGGCCGUACUCGUGGCGGGGAGUGGUUUUGGGGGAACCCAUCCGAGGCGAUUUCACCGACGAGCGUGUGACCAUUAUCGGGGAAGUUAAGGACCACGAGGAGUGGGAAAGGAUUGAGCAGUUUGAAAUGGUUCAAGAUUUUAACAAUAGGUUGAGCACAUUGAAUAGGGAUGUGGGGUUGAAGUAUUUCUGGGUUUUUGUUAGGCAUCCGAAGUGGAGAAUUUCGGAUUUGCCGUGGCAGCAGUGGACUCUGGUUUGUGAAGUUGUGGUUGAGGCAGGAAAACAGAGGUUGGAUAAGUGGAACUUGAUGGGUAGGCUUGGGAACAAAACGAGGGCAUUGAUUACACAGUGCGCGGCGUGGAGGAGACCGGAUUUGAUAUAUGUGAAGAGGCCGGUUUACCAGUGUAGGUUUGAGCCUCAAGAUGAGUUCUUCAAAGGGUUGACACCGUUGCUCGAUCCGGAUACUGAAAGAGAUUUCUUGUGUGAAUUGGAAGAUGAUGAUGGGAGGGUUGAGUUGUAUACUUAUUUUGGUGGAUUGUGUAAGAUUGUGAAGGUGAAUCCCAAGGCGUUUGUGGAUGAUGUUGUCAAGGGGUUUGAGAAGUUGAGUGAUGAGAAGAAGUCCAAGUGUUUGGAGUUUUUGCUGGGUAAUCAUCCGGUGGAGCUGUUGCAUCCGUAUACAAAGGAGUGGAAGGCUAAGCUAGAGGAGAUGGAGUUAGGUUGUGAUGCUCCUGAUGAUGAUGAUCGUGGUGGUGGCGAUGUGGGUGAGGAGGUCGUUGAUUGGAUAGAGGAUGAUGGGGAUGAUGACGGUGCUGAUGAUGUUGUCAUGGACAUGGAUGGGGAUGGAGAUGAUGAAUUGGCUAAUGCAGACGACGAGGAGGACUUGAGUUCAGAUGAGGAUGAGAAGGAUUGGGAUGAGGAGUUCAAGAAGGCACUGAGUAGCAACGAAGCAAUGGAAAAUAUUGCAAAACAAAGUAUGGAAGCGUCUAACAAGUUGUACAGGCAGCAAUUGGGGAUUACAGAAAAGGGAAGAGAAAGGGGAAAUGAUGAUGGGGAUGAAUUGGCAAUGAGGGGUGUUAGGGCAAAAGUGACUCCAGAAGAAUGGCGACGUGUUGGGUAUGGUCCAUUCAGGAGGAGGAUCAAGAAGAGUAGAAUCCCUCCUGAGCUGUUCCUGCGAGCGGCUGUGAGACCGUUUACUUACCGAAAUCUUGUAAAGGAGAUUGUUUUGAUGAGACACGCAAUAUUGGAGGGUGAGAUUCGUGGGAAGAAAUGAUGCAUCUUUUGGGUGCAGAACCUGGCUUGCUAUGAGUGCAUUUGCACCCUGAUCAUCUUAUUUGCACCAUGGGGCCAUAAAAAAAUGUGCCAAAUGUUAAGCCUGUAUGCUGAAAUGCAAUGUAGGUGAGGACAUUUCGUAUUUGAUGCGGAUGACUCCCAGCUUUCCAGUCUCAGCUCCCUCUUCAAUUGUAAACCUGUUUUGUUGCAGAAGUUUUGAACUUGUGCCAACUGGCAACAACAAAUAACUGGCUAUGAGUUCAAUGUAAUGAUUUUCCCAGCUUCAUAUGGACGGUAGCUGAAAUAUACUAGUUUUUUCUUC